GCGGGCUGCUUCAACGCGCCGCUCCCGAAAAACCUAACCCCCGAACGCCGCCCCCUCCGACGGGGUUGUUUCCAUAACUUUUCGACCGUUCUACAACACCCCCUCCCACCCUCCGCGCACCGUAAUUGCCCCGACUUUUAUGACCGCUUAGUCUCAGUGUCGCCGAAUCAAUACGUGCACACGCUCUUUCGCGAUUGUUUUUUAUUUCAUAUAUAUUUUUUUGCAAUAUUUUUUUUUUUUUUUUUUUUUUUGCGUAAUGGCUGUGAAAUCUUCGCGUCAGAAUACGUUACAUGCGCGGACCGUUCGUUGUCUCGGCUUCCAGUGAUUAAAAGUGCUCAUCAACUCUGACGAAAAUCGGCUUUCUACUCUCGUUGUUUUUUCUCUCCGUUCUUGAUGUGUGCGUUUUUCUCCGUUUCGGUUUUUUCACCUGUAUUUCAUGAACUUUAAAUUGAGUGUCACGCAACAAUUCGGAUCCCUAUUGGAGCGCUUAUGUGCCCUUUAAUGGAGCAUUCUCAUCGCCGUUGAGGAGGAAAAAAACACCGCCACGUCUCGUGAGAGUUUCGAAUCGCGCCGACCUCUUUUUUCUUCGCCCCAAGACAUCGAUCGCAAAAAACCCGAUGGUUUAAUAACCUUUAGAAAUGGAUAAUAAUUCGAGAUAGAAAAGAGGCAGACGGAGUUUUUUGGGGGGAAAACACGGGAGGCAGAAUAAUCAACAUGGAAAUUUGCGAUGAGCUGAAGGUGACGAGCACCCUCGGCGUUCAGAAUUCUUGUUCUCGCUCGCUCUUUCGAGAAGCCACGACGGAAUCUGUGACGCGUCAUAUUUUAUUCCCCCUGUUUUUAACCUCAAAUUAUUGACUCGAAAUCGUCUUCAUCUUUAGCUUAUCACCUGGAAAAAUGUGCAAUCAUGUAUCUAGUGCGUUCAACCUUUCGGGCAUUCCGCAAUACUAAUUUAGUUCUCAAUAAAGUGGUGAAUGAAGAAAAUCCCGGAUCGAUCACUGGAUGAAGUAUCUCGGUAGUUCUUUCUGAGCCGAACGAGUGUGGAAAGUGAAGUUAAAGUGCGUUCAGUGUGAGAGUGGUCUCCAAAACGGAGUACAUUUCAGUGGGCCAAUGCGGCCCCGGGGCUGGGCCCCCCUACGCUGGAGCUGAGAUCAUGCAGCCCCCAGUUUCGAAUUUGGCCAUGAGCCAGCUUGGCACCGUUUACGCGACCAAGCGAAGAAGAAGGAACGGGAAAAGCCUGAAGCCGCCGCCGAAGGAUGGGGUGACGAAGAGCAAUCCGUCGAAGCGUCACCGCGAGCGGCUCAAUGCCGAGCUGGACACCCUGGCCAACCUCCUUCCGUUCGAGCAGAACAUCCUCUCCAAGCUCGACCGCCUCUCCAUCCUCCGACUCUCCGUCAGCUAUCUCCGCACCAAAAGCUACUUUCAAGUUACCAUGCACAAAAUGAAGGAAGAGAAUCAAUAUCGAGGUCGCUCAGAUGUCGGUAUUUAUGAGCACGCUCUUCUGGACGGCGACAUGUUCCUACAGGCACUGAACGGGUUCCUGGUUAUUCUUACAUGCGAAGGCGAGGUCUUCUUCGCAACCCAUAGUAUUGAAAGUUAUCUCGGUUUUCACCAGUCGGAUAUAGUUCACCAGUCAGUUUACGAGCUAGUCCACUCGGAAGACCGGGAAGAACUGCAGCGGCAGCUCAUGUGGAACUCGUUCCUUCCCCCGGAGUCCUCCGGGAUCUCUCUGCAAGAUGCUCUGCUUCCAGACCAAAGUCACCUUCUCGAACGAAGUUUCACCGUUCGGUUCCGCUGUUUACUAGACAACACUUCAGGGUUCCUUAGACUUGAUAUACGAGGUAGGAUAAAAGUGCUCCAUGGACAAAAUCGAAAAACAGAAGAACCUCCUUUAGCUUUAUUUGCCGUUUGUACCCCUUUUGGUCCUCCUUCGCUCCUAGAAACACCACACAAAGAAGUUAUGUUCAAAAGCAAACACAAACUAGACCUAUCACUUGUUUCAAUGGAUCAAAGGGGUAAAUUAUUAUUAGGAUAUUCUGAUGCAGAGUUAGCGAAUGCCGGUGGUUAUCAUCUAGUUCAUUACGAUGACAUGGCGUAUGUGGCAAGCGCACAUCAAGAACUUCUAAAAACAGGAGCUUCCGGCAUGAUUGCUUACCGACUUCAAACCAAAGAGGGCCGAUGGCAAUGGCUACAAACUAGUUCACGUCUUGUAUAUAAAAAUUCUAAGCCUGAUUUUGUGAUGAGUACGCAUAGACCUUUGAUGGAAGAGGAGGGCAGAGACUUGUUGGGGAAGCGAACGAUGGACUUCAAAGUGAGCUACCUGGACGCCGGACUCACGAGCAGCUACUUCACCGACUCCGAGCAGCUCCUCAGCUCCACGCCGCCGCACCACCCCUCCACCUCACCCUCCUCCAUGCACUCGUCGACGGGGGCGGCGGCCACCUCGAGCGCGACCCCCACGCCGCCCACCCCCCAAAAAGUGAACCGCCGCUACAAGACCCAGCUGCGGGACUUCCUCUCGACGUGUCGCACCAAGCGCAAGUUGACGACGCACCACCCGACCCCGGUCGCGCCCCCCAUCGCAGCCGCCGCCGCCCCCACCCCCGUCGACUACCUGACCACAGCCCCCGUCGCCGUCGCCUACAACAUGUACUCCUCCGGCUACUCGCCCACCACCACCGACACCACCCUCUACGGCGGCCACUCCGGCGUCUCCAACUUCCACCACCAGUCGCUCUACGAGAACCGACUCCCGUACCUGGCCUCGGACAACCUGUUCCACCAGUACCGCCCCUACUACAGCGACUACCACUCGGCCACGCCGUACGUCUCCAACGGGUUCCUCGACAUCUCCACCAGGAGCGCCACCUGCAUGCCCACCUACGAGUCCGCGCCCCACCACCAGCUCAAGGGCAACGACUGGGUGGACCAGAAGUACGCGUCCGUCGUCGACAACAGCUGCAGCUACAUCGGCAACAAGCUCGACGUCGGGUCGCCCUACAUGGCGCCCAACCUCCAGCUCACUGUGCCGCUCUGCGACUUGCAGAGGAAGCCCAAGUCGGACCGGUUGCCUACCCCGAACUCGGCGGGCUCCUCGCCGGCGGCGGUGAACGGGAUCGUGACUCCCAAGAUGGAGGAGAUGAAGCCCGCGGUGGAUCUGCUCCAGCACCACUACUCGCCGGUCUCGGAGGCGCCGCGGCAGACGGUGCUCAUGUGGGGGAGCACCCCGCGGUCCCCGGCGGGCUCGGGUUCGAACCCCGGGACGCCGCCCGUCCUCAACGGGCAGACGUACCUCGGCCAGGAGAAGGGAGGGAGCGACCCGCUUAAGUCGCUGGCUGAGAUGGACACUAAGUGGAAGGCAGAGGAGUCGUCUAACUCCGCGCCGACCCCCGCCCCCGCCCACGCUCCUGCUCCUGCCCCGCCUAGUCCUGCCAAGUGUUAUCAGUACGCGAGUGAGAGUGGUGCGACCGAGGUAUGGCCCACACCACACCACCAAUUCUAUUCUUACCACCACCACCAUCCUGCUGCCGGCGAAUUCGGCAACCCACAGAUAAACAGGACGGGAGUCCUUUGUUGUCCAUCUCGGAGGUGACAAACACUUUACUCAACCAGUGAUAACAUAGGUUAACCCACGAGUCACGGGUGAAUAAAGCAAUGAUUAGGUGAUAAGAAAAUUUCUAAGUCAAUUUCACGAGGAUACCUGUCUCUGCGUAUAUCCGUCUAAAUGUAUCGAAAGUUAAGGAUUAACGCCUAAAAUAAUUUUGUAAUUUAAGACGCGGCACAGGAAGAGGUGUUCUAUCUUUAGCCAGGUCAAAAGAAUUGAUUACAUAUAUUCCAUUAUGACAGGCAAUACUCAUCAGAGAUGGUUGCCUGUUUAAUUUAAGUAACCAAUGGGAAACUCCCCACCUUCCAAAAUUUACCGCACUCAGUUCAUAUAUCGACGGUGAAACUACCAAACCACGUAUCUCGGUUUGCGACGUCGCAGACUUCCUGUCAUACUUUAU